AUGGCGGAAUCCUCAGGUCGCAGCCGCGUCUACUUCGACGUCCAGGUCGGCAAAAAGCCGCUGGGAAGAAUCUCCAUGGAACUGUACAACGACAUCGUCCCCAAAACCGCCGAGAGCUUCCGCGCCCUCUGCACCGGUGAAAAAGGCACCGGCACCACCGGAACCCCCCUCCACUUCAAAGGCUCCACCUUCCACCGCGUGAUAAAAGGCUUCAUGAUCCAGGGGGGCGACUUCACGCAGCACAACGGCACAGGCGGCGAGUCGAUCUACGGGGAAAAGUUCGCGGACGAGAACUUCGACUUGAAGCAUGAGAAGCCGUUCCUGCUGAGCAUGGCGAACGCGGGGCCCGGGACGAACGGGUCGCAGUUCUUCGUGACGACGGUGCCGACGCCACAUUUAGAUGGGAAACAUGUGGUGUUUGGGGAGGUGUUGAAUGGGAAGAGCGUGGUGCGGGAGAUUGAGAAUAUCAAUACGGGGCCAAAUGAUAAGCCGCCGAUCGAUGUUGUGAUUACGGACUGCGGUGAACUGAAAGGCGACGCCUACGCCAAAGCGACCGAAAAGCUCCCCGACUCCACCGGGGACCCCUACGAAGACUACCCUGAAGACCAACCCGCCGCCGACCUCACCGCCGCCUCCAUCCACCGCAUCGCUGCCGACCUCAAAGACAUGGGCAACCGCGCCUUCAAGGCCGCCGACCCCGCCGUCGGCCUCGCCAAGUACCAGAAGGCCCUCCGCUACCUCUAUCAAUACCCGGAGACCGCCGACGACGAAAAGGACCUCGAGCUUAAGCUCUCGUCCCUGAAAUUCGCCCUCCACAGCAACUCCGCCCUCCUCCACCUCAAGCUCAACGAUCCUGAAAGCGCCGCGAAGUCCGCCGACGCCGCCGUCGACACCGCCGACUCUGACGGGAAAGACUCGCUGAUCACCUCCGCGGAGCGGGCGAAGGCGCUGUAUCGCCGCGCGCUGGCGAAGACCGCGAAGAAGGACGAUGAGGCGGCCAUGGCGGACCUGAAGGCGGCGCUGGCACUGGUGCCGGGGGAUGCGGCGAUUACGAAGGAGCUGGGGGCGGCGAAGAAGAGGGAAGAGGAGCGGAAGAGGAAGGAGAAAGCGUUGUAUAGUAAGUUUUUCCAAUAA